CGACCCAGGAGGGCUCCGAGCACCCUGCUGCAGGAAGAUACAGCCUCCUUCAGCGGUGCAGCAGGCUCUUAUCACCCACCUGCAGCUGGCUGAAGGGAGGGGAGAUGCGGCAGCUCCUAUGAUGCAAACGGUAUGAGGGCACUGCAGGAACAUCGGGAGGGAACUCCCAAAGUCAAGUGUUAGACAAGGUCACUCCCCCGAGGUGGGAGCUCCUGUGGUGUGGUCCCCACAGAGGGGUGAGGGUGUCAGGCUCCCAGCUGUGCUCUCCAGGCCACCCGGUCCCUCUGGACUUUGAUCUGCUCACCCGCACAAGCUGGAAAUGCUGUGCAAGCUCAGUCCAGCCAUGAGCUGAUGAGGAGAUCAGGGGGGUGGAGAGCAGACUGAAGACCCUCAAACCCACCCAAAACCUCCUUUCCUGGAGUCAGCCUGAAGGGAAUCCUGCCUCACUGCCUGUUGAUUCCUGCAGACAUUAGUACACAAGAUGGAAAGACAAGAGAGUGAGACACGGGUAAACGAGGUGGAGGAGAUGUGUGGAAGAGUCGACGUGACCCUGGACCCAGAUACCGCCAACCCCUUCCUCAUCCUGGCUGGUGACCAGCGAGGCGUGGGACGAGGGGACGAGUGGACCUUGCUGCCCAACAAUCCCGAGCGGUUCGACAUGGAGCCAUGCGUGCUGGGCAGCCAGGCCUUCGCCACGGGGAGGUACUGCUGGGAGGUGGAGGUGGCCAACGGCGGGGACUGGUGGGCUGUGGGGGUGGCCCAGGAGUCUGUCAGGAGGAAGGGGGUCCUCAGUUUUGCCCCUCAGGAGGGGAUCUGGGCUGUGGGGCAGUGGUUUGGACAAUACCAUGCUUUCACUGAGCCUGACUGGACCCCCUUGCACCUUGCCUGCCUCCCCAGGGCCAUCCAGGUAUGCCUGGACUUUACAGACAGGCAAGUGGCAUUUGCUGACGCUGAAAACAAAGCCUCAAUCUUUGCUUUCUGCCUGACUUCAUGUCCCAGGGAGAGGCUACACCCAUGGCUCUGGGUAGGGAUGGACUCGUGGCUCAAGCUGUGCCCCUGACGUGGAGGGAGCGUGAGUGGCGGGAGGGAGACUGGAAAGGCAAACACCAUCAUCUUGGGACUUGGCACUGGGAGGGUCCCGUGUCCUGCCACUUUCUUCUCUCAUGGUUCCUCUAGCGACCAAGGGGGAGGACUGGUAGGUCUUGGAGAUGGAUGCCACCGCAGGUCCCCUCCACCCACAGCUGGGACUGCAGCAACAAUGGGGAGCACAGAGAUUCGGUGCGUGUAGGAGUUUGGUGCCAGGUAUCCCCAGGGCGGAGAAGUAGCAUUGAAUACCAGGGCAUAGCAGAGCUGCUCUGUACAAGGCCAUGAAAAAUACAGCAGCUUCAAACUCCUUCAGAGGUGCCAAAGUAGUAUCUCUGGCUUUUCUUCAGUUAAGAUUAAUGAAUAAUUUGAAGAAAAAACCCAAACAUAGCUGGAUGCUGGAGCUCAUGCUAACACUUGUAUUCACACAUCCAAAGCCCCUCCUUGCCUUAUUUCCAGUUCACACACGUAUGUGCAUUAAGCACAUUUCUUACAGAACAGCACUAGCAGAAGCUGCAGGAACAGCCAAGGGAGGUAAGCAGGUGUCUGAAGUCCACAGGCGAGGCAAUUCCCACAGUUCAGCUCUCUAAUCUCCCCCCAUCAAGGUCUCCUUUUCCUCACAUAGAAAAGACCAGACUAGACUAGUUCGGGUGGAAGGGACCUACAACGAUCAUCCAGUCCAACGGCCCGACCACUUCAGGGCUGACCGAAAGUUAAAGCUUGUUAUUAAGGGCAUUGACCAAAUGCUUCUCACACCCUGACAGGCUUGGGGCAUCAGCCACCUCUCGAGUGUUUGAUCACCCUCUCAGUAAAGAAAUGCUCCCUAAUGUCGUCUGAACCUCCCCUGGUGCGGCUUUGAACCACUCCCAGGGGCCCGAUCCCUGAACCCCAUGGAGAAGAGGUCAGCACCUCCUCCCCCUCUUAGGAAGUUGUAGAGAGCAAUGAGGUCACUUCUCAGCAUCCUUUUCUCCAAACAAGACAACCCAGAGUGCUCAGCCACUCCUCAGAGGACACACCUUCCAGCUGUAGAUCUGCUCCAGAGACCUGAGAUUUUGGGGAAAUGCCGUUCAAAGGACAUGCUAGACCUGGAAAAGGGGGGAGGGUCCCCACUCCCAGAAACCUUGUUUUGUCACCUCCUGCUAACUCCUGCUCUUAGGAGAAGAAAAGAUCUACUUGUUUGGCUUAUUUUUUUUUACCCAAGAGGGUCCCGGGCAGAAGCACCCCAGAAAUGAGCAGAUUUGGGCAUUUCUGUUCUCCUUCUGCAGGAUUAUAUGGAGGUAGUAAGUAACACUGCAGCUGGAGACUGUGCUUUAUUUCAGGGCAUUUUUUUUUUCCCCUCUCACCUAUUGUUCUUCUCUCUUUAAGACAAGAAACUGAGAAGCAUGCAUGAACCUGAAAUACAAAUAUUAUCUCUUAGUUUGAUACUGGCUUGGAAUAGGAUGGAAAAGCUUAUUCUUCUCAUUUGCCCUGUGCAAAAUAACUGCAGUUCCUCAUUACCGGAAUGUUUCUGGAAUCUGAGAGUAAAUCUCAGGCGUUUAAAACAUGCAUAGCUUAGCCCACUUUUUUCUUUUAACGCCAUUCUAGCCAUUGGGCCUGGUCACCUGUGUGACUAGCCAAGCAGGUGUCCCAGUUGUGUGCCAACCAGCGGGCUGGGCCACAGGGCCCCGGGUCCUGCGGAGAGAUCCCAGCCACCAGCACACACCCGCAGAGCCCCCAAACCAAUCCUGAAAUGCGAGGGGCUGCUCUGGAGCAGAGAGCACCCUCCUUGUCACGGGAAACACUCCAAAGGACUUGUCCUGUGUGGGGAAGAACACCUACCUCAACCAAGAAAAGGAAACUGCUUUCUGAAAUCCAGCUCAGUCACUCUGACAUGGGCAGGGUGAGACUGAAGGAAAGCUGGGUUUCUCAACAGAUUGGUGCCCUGGGUCCUCUUCACUGGAAUUUUGUGGUUUGGAGGGUGAGAAAAGGUUUAAUGGGCUCUUUUUUGCUGUGCUUCCCCCAGUUCCCCCCCAAAAAAACAACAAAAGCCCCAACUCUUCGGCAGCUGAGUUGCAUUAUUGCAGCAUUUUGGUGAGAAAUACAAGAGUUUCACGUAGGAUUGCACCAUGAAGACUUACUGAAGUUUAAAUUGAGCUCUCUUGCACGAGAGGUAUCCUAGCAUUUUGGUGCCACUGCAGGUAGGAAGCCUUCAGCACUGUAGAAGUCUGGAAAAGCGAGGUGUGCGGGGUUUCUGCGGCGCGGUUUUUUUGGUAGCAGGGGAGGGGGCUACAGUUGUGGUCCCUGUGAGAAGGUUCUCGAAGCUCCCCUGGUUCCAAGCUGGACCGGCCUCUGGCCAGGGCAAAGCCGAUCAGCUGCAGCGCUGCGAUAACGUAUUUAACAAGGGGAACCUGAGAGGGGACGGGGACGCGCGAGGAGGAGCUCCAGGACAAACGCCCAAGUCAGCGGAAGGAAGGAGCGGGACGUGGGGCAGCAGCCCCCGCUGCUGUGGUUCAGUGCUGGGAGGGCUGGAACACGCGGGGCGGGGGGACCCACGCGGGAGCAGCUCGGGAACGGCUGCGGCCCGUGGGGAUGAUGCACGCGAGGGAAGGUUGGCGGAGGGCUGUCUGCAGUGAGAGGGGAGCAGGGGCGGGAUGUGCAGCGUUCAGCCCACCGCCCGAGCAGGAGGGAGUGAUGAGCUGGCUGUGCCCCCCAUCCCCUGCCCCCUGUGCCGCUGGGGGAGGAGGGGGAGAGGUGGGGAGCAGAGCUGAGCCGGGGAGAAGGGAGGGGUGGGAGGAGGUGUGUUUGGAUGUGGUGGCAUUUCUUACUGUCCCCCCUUGUCUGUCAAGCGUUGCUUCUGUUAGCAUUUGAAUUAAAGUGAUGAUCUUUCUCUUCC